UUUUUUUUUGUCCGUCCAAGUAAUUAAAUGUUUAAUACCUUCUGCAUAAUACUCUCUUUUACGAUAUAUUUACCAAUAACAAUACUUUUAUAAAGCAUCUAAUGCCAUUUCAAGUCAAGUCUUUACUUGUUAUCUCUCAAGAUAUUUUGACAAACAACAUUGAUGGACUCACUUAUGUCGGAAAUGUCCCGUACUCUCUUCUCAAACCUUCACUUAAAAAAGCAACUCCUCAACAAUUAUAUCUUAUUGAACGGUUGAAUCCGCAUCUCCUACCUGAAUCUGAUGAACUUUGGCUAAGACAUAUGUCAAUCUUCAAAGAUCUGUUAGAUGCAUAUCAUCAAGGUGAUCAUCAAGAUUCAACCACUUGGCGUGGUCUUUACUUGAAACGAUAUCGGGAGAAUGAAGAACGGAAAAAGAUCAUUAGCGAAAAGGUCAAAAGUCAAUAUAAUAAGAUUCAACAUGAAAAAAAAGCUCGAUCUAUCAAGAUGAUCAAAGGAAAAUCAUCGACUAGCAAUAAUAGUAGCAAAUUAUUCCAGGACACCAAGAAAGCAGCCAGUAAGAC